GCCACGUAUGCACUUUAAUACACACGUCAAUGAAUUAUAAUUAUGUUAGUUGAGGAAUGGAUUAGUCUGUCACAAUGGCAGCCACUAUGAAAGGUACAGUGUCAGUCGAAGAUGUUAAUGUGACCUUUGAAGAUCAGCAGAAGAUAAACAAGUUUGCAAGAAAUACAAAUCGGAUGUCUGAACUUAAAGAUGAAAUAGAAGCAAAAAAGAAAUCUUUGCAGAACUUGGAGGAUGCUAGUGAUGACAUCAUGAUGUUAGAUGAUGAGGAUUCAGUAGCUAUCCCCUAUCAGAUAGGAGAUGUCUUUAUUAGCCAUUCUCAAGAGAAGACGCAAGACAUGUUAGAAGGUGCCAAGGAAUCGCUAAAAGACGAGAUCAAAGUUUACGAGGGCAGAGUCGCGGCCAUACUGCAAGUGUUGGCUGAUUUGAAAGUUCAACUCUAUGCCAAAUUUGGAAAUAAUAUAAACCUUGAAGCAGAUGAGAGUUGAAGUCCCUGCUGUAUCAUAGACUUACGUUCCUGUCAGAAUUGAACUUUUCAUGCAAAAAAAGGAAAAAAAAAUACAGCCAUUUCUUCAAUCACAAAUGACUUUUUUUCUUAGUGUGGAUAGCAAGACCUUGCAAAAAAAAAAAAAAAAGUUUCAACCAUGUUAUUUGUUUUAUUAUUUAAUUUUUUUGUUGCGGUUACGUGCUUCGUUAUUUAUUUCGUUGCACGUACGCUACAGAGUACACAGCGAUGGUAACUGGUGUACUUGUUAGUAAGCAAAAUAAAUUCAAAUAAAGGUCUUUAAGUAGUUUACCAUUUUGGGUUUGGUUCUUUUCACAUUUCUAAUUCAUACAUAUUAAUAUGCAACAGGUAUAAAUGUAAAAUCCAACACUGCUUGAUAGUUUGAUAAAAUGUAUGAACUUA